GGGGAUGGGCUCAGGACUUUCAACCUCUUGCCUCAGAGGGCACAGGAUAUUCGGUAACGUACUUAGGAUUUCUCUGUGUUUUUAUUCCCUUUUAUUUUUACUGUUUGUACAUGUCUCUUUUGUAAUAUUCUUUUAAUGCACUGUUUACCCUUGUAAUAUUAAAUAUAAAAUUUAAUAAGUUUAGUCCUUUGGCUCUAUAUCAAUUCCCACGUAACUUGUAUGACUGCUCAGGCCGAGAAGGUGUACUAGUUGUUUGGCUGUGUGGAUGCUAAUUAGCUAGUGGGCUGUCAGUAGGGCAGUGUGUAUGUAAAUUAACCGUGGUUGCUGGUGUGUGUGUGUGGAAGUAGUAGAACUAUCCCUCACUGCAGUAGGAAAGUUUAUGUAUGAAAUAGUUGGGUAAUUGGGUUUCUAUCGCCUGUUAAUGAUAGAUGGUGGCAGCGAAUAGUUAUUUGGGGCGGUGUUUUGUUUGGAGGUGCUUGAUGUUAGUCUAACCUGUGUGAAAGGUGACUGCGUGUAACCCCUUGUUCCCCGUCCCGGUGUCAGGCGCGUCUCGUCUUGGGAGUGACGUCUCCGUGACAAUUGGUGGCAGCGGUGGGAUAUUGUUUAAUUUUUUAAUCGAGCAUUAGUGCUUGGAUUAAGUGUUUAACCCUCGCACUAAGGGACUGUAAAUCCUUGAGAGGAAUAUACUGUACAGUCCUGAAGGACAAAACACAGUGCAUAUAUUUUUUUUAAGACAUACCUGCAAACAGUUCCCUUCCCUUCUUCUUGUUUUUCUUUCCUAUCUUUUAUUUGGCAAUUGUCCCCUGGAAUGGGACCCUAUGAGAGGCAGAGCAAACAACAGCUGGCCAGGCUCUAUGAGCAGAGAGGGAUGGCCGUGGCAGAUCAGGAGUCUAGUACUGGCCAGGAUGGCCAAAGAAGGGACAUUGCCAUUGGGCAACACCACUCUGAGGACAGCAGCAGCGCCAGGUCCCAGAGGGGUACCGGAGCAUUUCUGCAACACCAGCAGGCAGAGGCAACAACAGCAGAACACCAAGCAGAGAUGGAGGUACAACAGCUUGUUCUGGACCGUGAGCCCACAACGGCAGAUCAAACAGCGCAGAAUGCAGACACGUCUAGUCCUAACACAUUGCCGUACAGGAAGGGACCUUCUCUACAGGGAUCACCAAGCAGGAAGGAGCAGCACACUGGGGGUACAGCACAGCAUGCCAAGUUCAGUGAAAGUCCUUUGUUUGGGGGAGCUAGUGCCAACAAAGAUCCUGGAGCUUCCUGCAGAUGUUUUCCCUGCACCCAGGUGGGCCAUGUGAGGGUCGCCUGCCCAGAAUAGAAGGAGCCAAGCCCACAUGUACAGCCUGUGGUAAUGUUUGUGUCUGUUAAAACAGAAAGUAUAUCUCACCAUAUGCAAUUGGUGAUUGUGGGUGGCAAAGUAACUCGGGAACUAAAGAACUCAGGGGCUUACUUUUCUCUGGUGCAUCCAGAGAUCAUCAACACUGGGGACAUUAUUCCUGGGAAGACUUUGUCCGUAAAGGGGGUGGGAAGGAACCACCCAAAGAUGCAUGUGACCAAAUGUUACUGGGAUUGGGGUGUGGGGAGAGGUCUAAGGGAAGUGGGAGUGUUCAAUGAGAUUCCUGUCAAUGUGUUGUUGGGGAAUGAUUUGGGUUGCAUGGUAACUACUUUUGUUCCUUAUGACCAGGUCGCACUAGGUCCAGCCACACUGGAGUGUGACCACUCACCUCAAUCAGUAACUGCCACCGGUAAGGUACAAAGAGAUAGCUGGGAGGGAGGGCUGAAAGACAGGAGAGAGUGUCCAACAGUGCCUGAACCAGCAGUGUCCCAAAGUGGGGUUAAGGAGGGAGAGGGGGAGGAGAGGUUUCCCCUAGGAGUCCCCCUGGUGCAGAGAGGUAGGUUACCUGCAGUAAGGGAUAAACAACGUGGGAUCCCUGAUCUUGUACCCAAACUGCCUGAGGUCUUGAGUGGGGGUCAGCAGAUAGGCCAAUCUCAGGAGUCAGUGCAGGAGUGUGGGGGACAAGUGGUUAGGACUCAGAGUAGAGUCCCAGUAGGUAGUGCCACUCAGACUGGGGUCAAGGAUGGUAGCUGGGAGCCAGGUAGAGCUCCAGUGCCAGAACCAGUGCUGGGAGAGGGGCUGGUAGUCAGAGUCCAGGAAGGAUUGCUGAUGGUACUGGUUGCCCCUAAGGCAGCUACUAACCAGAGUGUGUGCCCAGAGGUGCAGGGUAUGUGGGUAGAACCCAGUAGUUUAUGUCGGUCUGGGACUGAGCAAGUCAGUACAGACCAAGUAGUGGGCAUAGACUGGGUGGAAGGCUGCCAAACAGUGUCCGAGUUCAGGCCCAGGAAAUGGGGGACUAGGGACCAGCAGGAGGGCCCCAAAUGCACUAAGGUAACUAUAGGGACAGAAGAGAACCAGUUGGGAGCAAGAGACCAAGUGCCUACGGUAAGCAGUUACGGUUUGUGGCCUUGUACCCACACUGGCACCCCUUGCAGUGAGGGUACAAACAAGGAUGGAGUUAACAGUAUACGUAUAUUUCUCCUCUCCAGUGCCAUGGAUCAGGUGGAUAUAGAUCCUAAGGAAAGAGAGUUCAGGCCUGGGAGGUAAACUAAUUUCUACAAUUGUUUAAUAAGUAUAAUUUUUUUUUGGUAAUGACCCGGAUUGGUACAAAGGUUAAUACAUACUGGUAGUGGCAAGGUUAUUAUCGGCCUGUGGGGCCUUAUACCUUGCCCCCUCUUGAAGGGGGAGGUGUCAUGCCAGGCCAUAUUGCCCGGGCAUUGUAACAAGGUAAAAUGGCAGCAUUUGCGUUGUGUCCACCAGAUACCCAUAAUUAACCCAAUACACACUAUCAACAUCUGGUUUCGGGCUCCCGCAGAGACCCUUAAUUAAAUAUGCACCCAGUACUGCAGGAAGGUGUCAACUUCAUCAGACAAUGCGGGACCAGCCUGUUGGGGCAGGAAGCUGGGGUCUUUGAUCUGUUGAUCAAAGAGAGGCAAAGAGUGGGCUUAGGAACAGCAGGGGGGGACAGCAUACAGAAAAUAUGGAUUAUAGAAAUGGAUCCAUAUCUCCGCUGCUUUAAGAUCCAUAUCCUCAUAAAUCACAUAGGAUUUAUGAGGAGGCCCCAGGCUUCCCAAUGAUACCAAAACAGAGGCGGCCUUUACCCGCCAGUUAGGAGAAAUGGGUUCUGGGGGACUGGGACAUGAGACCCCCCCUCAUGUUUGGUAUCAUUUUGAUCGCCCCCAUAUGGGUUAAAACAAUUCCCUACUUUCAUAAUAAUAUUGAGUACUGGCAAGUACCAAUAUUAUAUGAAAAGAAACUGGCAUGAGAGGUACAGCUCUCUAAAGAGG